AUGCCAGCGAAAGACAUCCGUUAUCUCGGGCGCAACGGGUACUCAGUCUCCAACACCACAAUUACCAAACUAAUGGGACCAAACAGAGUCGUUGUACCGCUAAUUUUACGGUUUCACGUGAGUUUUUAAUAUUUUUUUUGAAUCGGUGACGCCAGGGAUGACUGAACCGAGUUGGGCGAUUGGGGAAACCGAAAAGUAUUAUUUUUCUUCGAUGCAAGUGUGAAAUUGGGAUAAUCGAGGGUGGCGAUUUCGAAAAUGACAUUCGUUUUUUUUGAUAGUUACUUUUUUCUUACGUAGUACUGUAAAGUAGUAAUUUUUUAAAUUUUUGUCAUAAAUACUCGAUUGAGGGGUUUUCGAUGGUGCUGAUUUCGAAAAUUUUAUUCAUUUUUUCUGAUUUGAAAUCAGCACCAUCGAUGACCCGAAUCGAGUAUUUGUGAAAGAAAAUCAAAAAAUUACUACUUUGCAGUACUACUUAAGGAAAAAAGUAAAGAUAAAAAAAAGAAUGUCAUUGUCAAAAUCACUGCCCUCGAUUAUCCUAAUUUGACAUUUGCAUCGGAGAAAAGUAAUACUUUUCGGUUUCCCCAAUCGUCCCAGUUCCAUGACUGAAGAAAUAAGAUCCUCUGAACCUUGGCGAAAGUAUCCUGUUUUUAUUACAUGUAGUGCCUAAUUUACACCUUCCGACUUGUAUUUAAUCGAGCCAAAAUUUCAGCGUCCACCACCUGAAGGCUUCCGCGUGGGAGUCGGCAAAAUUACGGCUGAAAAUUUCUUCGAAGACCGCAAUCUCCCCACAGAAUUGUUCGCAUUCCUCGAUCUCAGCUCAGUCACGAAUGUCGCAGAAUUUAUUGGCGGUGAGCACAUCAAUUUGACGUUCUACAGAGAAAGCCCGAACAGUCUAAGGGUGAGUGUUUCGGGGACAUAAUACUAGGUCAAAUGGGAAAUGGGUGGGUCAUUGGCAUAAACGUGAACUUUUUAUGAAACGAAUUUUACGUUUUUCAUUAAGGUUCGUAUUGUUUUGGAAAUCUUCCGACAAGUGCCUGAUGUAUAAUAUUCUUUUAGAUAAUUUUUGGCACAGAUUCCUGCCGAGCGGAGCCAGUCACCGUCCAGGUUCCAAUAAACCAAGAUUCAAUUGUAUUCCAUUGCGAGGAGAGGUAUUUGGUAAGUGAAACUUUGAAAAAUUUCAAGUUUUAGUCACAAGGAAAGCACUUCUAUGGGGUAUGGAGUUACCGGUCGAGACAUGUAUCAAAAAAUUCGCAAAAUUUUUUUGAUUCAGAAUAUGUAAAAAUUAGCUGCCUAAUUUUGGUCUAUCAACAAGUUUUAUCAACAUGUUUCUCGAGGAAAAGGUCGGCGGAAACAAAAGUGCGCUCGGUCUCUUCCUUCGAAAGAGAGCGGUGUGGCCGAGUGGUUAGAGCGCUAGACUGAGAAUUGGAUGGGAAGGGCUCCCUACGGGUUCGAUUCCUCUUGGGCGGAGAACUGUUUUUUUUUACGUUGGAACUACAAUUAAGGUGUAGUUUUAAUCAAAUUUUUUUGAUAUUUUGAAGCUUGCCGAGACACCAGAGUUUGUUUUAGCUCAAAAAAUUUUUUUGAAUUGGUAAACACUUGGUCAAAAAAGCAUUUGCUUGGCGUUGCGAGAAAAGUUCUGAUGAUUUUUUCGCCCUUACAAACCAAAGUUAGGCAGCUGGUUUUUAUAUAUGCUGAAUCAGAAAAAUUUUGCGAAUUUUUUGGUGUAUGUCUCGACCUGUAACAUACCCCAUAGAAGUAUUUUCUUUGUCAAAUUUUUGGCCAUUUUUUGGGGUUUUUUCUAGAAUUCCGGCCUGAUCGAGCUGGUGGACACGGCCCAACUCUUGGUCGAGCGCCCAACAUCUUCCGAUAUGACGGAAUGCGUGAUUUGUCACGACCAAAAGCGCAACGUGAUGUGCAUCCCGUGCGGGCAUUUUGCGUACUGUCAGGACUGCGCGCAGAAGAAACGCGGCGGCCCGAACUGCGCCAUAUGCUCGGUGCCGGUCCGAAAACACCAAAUCGUCCAAUUCCGCGCCCGAAAAUGCAUGGAGUGCACCGAUCGGGACACCAAAUGCGCCGGAGUUCAGUGCAUUUCAACGUCCUGUGGGUGCGCCACAUUCUGCGAAUCCUCGAAGGAUUAUAUCCAGACUUGUGGAUGGUGCAGAGAGUUUGUGGAACCCGACGGAAUCAACAGGAUUUUUGAUCCUUGA